AUGGCGCAGAAGAGAUCCAUUCGUAUCAGCUCGUCGCCCUUUCCUCCAUGUCAACGUGGUAGCAGCGAUCAAGAUUCCUUUCACGACGAUGCCCUACAAACCGGAAUCGAGCUCAGCCAUGGUCUUCGCAAACGUCAAAGGCCUCAGCUACCGACAAGAGGCUCCGGCCCGUCGAGAAGCACGCUCCGUGACUUGCUAGGUUUGACGGCCGCAGACGAUUACAUUGAGACGUCAUCCACCGUUGCAGCCGAACACGCUAAUCGUAGCAGUCUUCGAGGAGCUUCAAAGCCACAACAUGCUUCAAGCAUCAAGCAGGCGCAUUUCGAAACUUCAAAUCGGCUGAAACGCUCGCCUGCCUCGUCCCCAUCGUUGUCGAAAUCACCCUCUUCUUCGGAAGAUGAGCCAGUCCUGUCGUUAUCACGAGGUCCUCGCGCACCUCGCGCCUCCAUUUCGCGUAGCGCAGCUCCAUCCACCCACAUUCAACCUCCAUGCAGUACUGCGGUGAAGCAGGGUCAGCCAGAGGUCGAUUCCGAUACCGGCGACGAUGAGCCCGAACAAGCUCUCAGCCUAACUUCCAAUGGAAAUGCAUCGUUACCGUCAGCUCUCGCUCAAAGCUCUAGCUUCAGAAAUGACCGCAGUCAGACAAGUGACGAAGAUGACGAGGUUUCUCUCGCCAUCAGGGGACCAGUCUCUGUGCCCAUCUCGUUCACGAAUGUAUCCGCAUCACACAUCAUUUCGUACUCAUCCGGCGAUGGUUUUCACGGCCAGAGACCGUCGUUCCCGAUACCGGUAGACCUCAAGGAUGUUGGACCCUUGAUUCUCGCCCCAGGUGUCGAAGUCCCUGCUUCCAUUAAUCGCUUUCUUCGAAGCUACCAGCGCGACGGCGUUCGCUUCCUUUACAGAUCCUAUGCGCAGGGCAGAGGUGCCUUGCUUGGCGACGACAUGGGUCUUGGAAAGACCAUCCAAGUCAUCGCCUUCCUUUCAGCCAUCAUGGUCAAGACAGGGAGAGAAGAGGAUGCCGAUCGUCGCAUCGAGGCCAUCCGUAGCGACAGGCAAAGCUCAGACUACCACCGCGCAAAUGCCAUCUGGCCGACAUGUUUGAUCAUUUGCCCCAGCUCUGUCAUUGACAAUUGGCGUCACGAGUUUGACACUUGGGGCUAUUUUGAGCACGCAGCCUACAGUGGCACGCGCGCCAAAGAUGCGCUUGACUCUUUUCGUCGUGGUCGACUCGAUAUUCUCGUCACCAGUCACGAGACAGCCUCGCUCUCAAUCGAGCAUUUGCGAGAUCUCGACCUGUCUUGUGUGCUUAUCGACGAGGCUCACAAGCUCAAGAAUCCCAGCUCUCAAAUGACUCAAGCGAUGCAAACCUUUCGCUGCAAGGUCCGAUACGCAUUGACAGGUACCGCCAUCCAGAACACAUACCGUGAGCUUUACACACUAGCCGACUGGGCCAACCCUGGUUUACUGGGCACUGUCAAGGAGUGGAUCACUGAGAUUGAGGUCCCGCUCAAGCAUGGUCAGAAGCGAGGCGCAGAUCCAGAACAUAUCGCUGACGCUAGGACAAGAGCCGAAAAGCUGGUUACCAAUGUGCUACCCAUCUUCUUCCUUCGCCGCACCAAGGCGCUCAUUGCCGACCAGCUUCCCCGCAAGUUCGACAAGAUCGUCUUCUGCCCACUCACACCGACACAACUGGAUGUGUACAAGCGCAUUCUGUCCGAAGACGAGGUCGACUUGAUGAAGCGGCAUGCUGACCCUUGCGAUUGUGGCCGACUUGAUCCCGACACAGGUCUGGCUUACCGCCGCCAGAAUUGCUGCUUCAAACGCGACAGUACGGGAGGAGCUUGGAACAAAAACAUGCUUAAGUAUAUAUACCUUCUUCAAAAGUGCUCCAACCACGUCGCAUUGGUAUUUCCAGAUCCUGAAGAUGCGAGCUCUAAGGAUCCGGACCGCAUGGAGAGGUAUCAUCGACAGCUGUCGUACGUACAGCUCAUGUUUCCAGAUAGCUGGCAGAGCAAACGUUGCAACGCCGCGAACGGCAUGGAGCCCGAGCUCUGUGGCAAGUGGAAAGUGCUGGCUGGGAUGCUGGCGCAAUGGCAUGCCAAUGGUGACAAAGUUCUUCUGUUUUCCACCAACUUGAGGCUGCUUCAGUUCAUCGAAUUCUUCCUGUCACGGGAAGGUCACAACUUCCUCCGACUCGAUGGUACUACGCCGCAGCCACGUCGCCAACAGCUGGUGAAUCAGUUCAACAGGGAUGCAAGCAUCUUUGUUUUUCUCAUAUCGACCACUGCUGGUGGCACUGGACUCAACUUGACAUCCGCAAAUCGCGUCGUGGUGUUCGAUCCGCACUGGAAUCCAUCGCACGAUCUGCAGGCCAUGGAUCGAGCGUACCGUUUCGGUCAGUCGCGGGACGUCUACGUGUAUCGCCUGAUCGGAGCAGGUUCUCUCGAGGAAGUGAUCUAUGGAAGGCAAAUAUACAAGCAGCAGCAGAUGGAGAUCGGCUACAACGCAACCAAGGAACGACGCUAUUUCGAAGGUGUCGCUGGCGAUCAAGGCAGUCUUGGCGAGCUAUUCGGGUGCAAGAACUUGUUUACACUCCACGAGAGUAGUUUGGCGAUGAAGUCAAUCAUAGACCAAUGCAACAUCUCGGAGGUGACGUUUGCACUGGAACAAUACCUCUUAGCUGGCUCUCUUGAGGACCCAGCAGCGACUGGUGUGACUCUGACAAAGCAUAGCGGCAUUCUGGGCGCAGACGUUGCAGAUCCGACAAGGUACGUCGAAGAUGGUGACGUAGCACAGAGGACGGCAAGUGUCGACGAUGAUCCGAUACGCAGCAUUCUCGAAGGCAGCGGUAUCUCCUACAGUCACGAUCAUGCAGCUUUGGUUGGCAACAGUGCUGCUGAAGCUGCUCUGUAUAAGAAGGCGGCACGGCGACCAGUGUCAUCUCGCCCAGGAAGGACAAGCAGAGCUGCAGGGUUCGUGGCCACGAGCGAACGAGCUGCAAAGCCCACGAGCACGUCCAAGAAGGGAACCCACAAAGCAGCAGCCACUACACCUUCCUGGCCGCCACCGCGUUCCAAAAAAACAUCUUCAGACAACGAAGCAACGCAGCAGCAGGAAUCGCAAUCGGUUGCAGCCGCAGCGCAGGGCUUGCGUCGCGCCGUUCAGCACGAUGCCGUUGCUGCCCAAAGCCGCAUGCCCGACUUGUCGGAUCUGGCCGAGCUUCAAAACGUGAAAGAAGUGGAGUUGGCGUCUGCCGUCAAUGCGAUGCCACCGGCAGAGCAGAAGGCAUUCUUCGACGAUGCUGUUCGUCGCUGGAAUCGAAAGCAAAGCAUUCUUGCUAAAGCAGCGAAUCGUUCGGCUCAACAAUUUUUCUAA